AUUCACGCGAUAGCGUUAUAGUUUAAUGCAGAGGUGUCGAAUUGCUAGUGACAUGCUCCCGUCAUGCUAGUGACUCGGAACAGUUUCUCUCGCUACCUCUACUCAAGGAGUUGCUCAAGAUUGUAAGGAAGUUGUGAGCAGUUUUAUGUAGUGUUCAAUACGACAGGUAAAGAUUGUAUUAUUGUUCACGAGGUUUUAUACCUGAGUACCUAUAUAGGUACUUACACAGCUCGGACAACUCUUAGAGCAAGGGUAUCUAAAUCAGUGCCCGUGGACACUCUAUAUACGUAUGUAUAUAAUCCGUGUUCUUCUUGCCUGAACAAUUUUCGCGCGCUUUUGGUAGCCUUGUCGUACUUUUCAGUUGGUCUUUGUUAUUAAUUAUUGGAUAUGGAUAUCAUGACAUCACGGCUUAAUAUAUCGGAUUGGACGCCUGAAUACUUUCUUGCUAACAAGUCAACAUGUAACGUCAAUUUAGAAAAUCCUGAAAUUGUGAAGCAAAUUCCUUGCCUUAACUAUGUACCGCUACAUUAUUUUACUGACCGUCAGUUGGUCAGAUUUCAAGGAAUGGUUCAGGAUAUGUACAAUCCUGAAUAUUAUUUCCAGCAGUACGAAGUUAAGAACACUCUGUCCAAAGCACAAGAAAUUAGAUCUGGAAUGUAUGCAGACUCCGCUCGAUGCUUGCCACAUGAAGAGAUCUUGGUGGAGUCUGAAAAAAAUUGUAGUGCCGAAAGACAUACUUGUGUUGUUAUAUCAACACCUGGUUUAAACGAGUGGGCAAAAGAAAGGUAUGAAAAAUCCUCUUGUUUAAAUUUGAAUGCAGUCACAAAUUGCAAAAGGAAUUUAGAAGAAAGUACAGAGGAAGCCAUGGAUUGUUCCGAACCAGUUCGUAAAAAAGAUAGAAUUUUAUUAAAUACAGAAAGCACAGAAAACAAUGUUAAGGAACAUAAUGAAGAUAGACAGAAUAUAUUUUCAAAGGAGUAUUUAUUAAACUUCCCAAUUCCGAUAGAUGAUGGUAGAACAUGUAUCAUCAAGAUAUACGACGAUAUGGCUUUAAAAUUGAAUGAAGUUAUUGAAAUAAUAGGUUUCGUAUCUUUAGAUCCAUUUAUAAAUGCUUAUGAUACAGACGAGACUAUGACAGAAGCAGAAAUGAACGUUCAUCACCCUCCCACAUCUUUAGUCCCUCGAAUACAUGCUAUCAAAUUGUCUCGUUUGUCCAAGGAAAUUGAAAGUGCUCCAGAAAUUAUUUCCAAAGCAAAAUCAAUAAGAAACCAUCUCCACCUAGUAUUAAGUAAUAUUCUAUUUGGGGAUCGCCUAGCUGCUGAUUAUUUGAUCUGUCAUUUACUUUCGUCGAUUUACAUGAGAAGGGAUUACUUCUGUCUUGGCACUUAUCCAAUAAAUAUAACACAUUUUCCUGCUAAUGAAAACAAAACAUUUGUGGAAGAUUUGUAUAAAUUUUUAACAAUGUUUGUGGAAAAAAGUCAUUUGUUGGAGAUAACUUUGGAAAAUUUGAAUGAUUUAACUUUAUCGCCAAAAAAAGACUACGAUUCUAAUAGAUUGACCAGCGGAGUGCUUCAACUUAGCGACAAUACUCAUCUCGUAAUAGAUGAAACGAGAUUAACUCCUGGUCAAGUUUCGCAGGCCGGUCGAGAAAAUUACAAUACAAUCUGUGACUUGAUUAAUUUCCAAAAAGUAACGUACAACUUUAAAUUUUAUAAGAUGGAAUACGAAACGGAUAUUCCGGUCUUAAUUUUGUCGGAAGCCAAAUCAUUUAUUCCCUGCCAAAAUCAAGUGGUGUUAAAGAUAGACGCGGAAUCGAAGAACGUUUAUCCACAUGUAAUAGAAGUUGCAGAGCAAUAUCUAAAAGAUGAAAAUCGAUUGAAAGAUAUACGUCAGUACUUGAAAGUUGUGAAGGACGUAAAGUUCCAGUUUAACGAUGAUAUUGUGAAGGAGGUGCAGAACGAUUUUGUGCAACUGAGACAAAUUCAUAAAAACGUGAAUGUCGAUCAUUUACACUCGUUAAUGAUAUUGGCCAGAUUGUUAUCUUUAUCGUACGGAUCAAAUACUUUAACCACGGAGUAUUGGAAGAUGGCUGUUCAAAUGGAAAUGGAACGAUUGGAUAGAUUACCGAAAAAGAAGGAGGCGUAAAUCCUACGAAGAUUACGUGGCACGAUAUUAAAUGUGUAUUCCUUGUAUUAUGUUUCAAUGGAUCAUUUAUGGACUUUA